CAGCCUGUAAAUGCGCCCUUAAUAGCGCUUGACGUUGCGAAACAUGAGGGGUCAUCGUUUGUCCUGCUCGCGCCCAAAUCAAUCUGUCGAUCCUCUCAACUCGUACGGCAGUGGUUCUACGGUCCCUGUGUCUACAUCGAAAUUAUCUGACAGCCGAGCUGAGUUUGUUGAUGUUGAUAAGUAGAAAAUAGAUAUUACUGAGAUAAAUAAAACAUCGCCCUAAUUUCUUAGUGAGUGUUCAUUAGCUGGUCUUAUGGGGUGAUGGCGACCACUCAGCGGGCUUUCACUCAGAAACUCCCCAAGCAUCAUGCUGCAGACGUGCGAAGGACCGUAUCCAGCAAAAGCGGCCUGAUUUCGCCAACUACCAGUUCAAGCUGGGCGCAAGAAAUCGUUGAACCAUUGGACUUUGAGGAGUUUGUCGGCGCUUAUCAGCAGGUUCUGGAUCGUGAUCCCUUGCGAUGCAUCCUGGAUGUGCCCCUUGGCGACGUACAAGUCGACGUCAUCGAGCGCCCUUUGAGGACGCUGCGGCCCAUUCUUCCCGAGGAAAAACUUGACAGCUUGUCGCCGCACGUGCAGGCUUGCGUGGAUUGCUACAAGUCGGUUUGGAAGGUGGUGCGCUACAAUCACCGGCAGCUGAGCGGCAGCAGCUCCAGCCGCUCGAAUUUGGCCAAAAGUCUGCAGCCCAGCCCGAAGCAGGAGUUUGAAGUCGACUUUCAAGUCACAUCGGAGACCAACAGUGAAUUAGAUGUGGCUUCUCAGGGAAGCAGCAGUCGUCAAAGCAUCGUUUCAAUCGGUUCGUUGUCCUCGUGCGGCGACACCAUCACGCCCCGCAACUCAUGGGCCUCCCUGGAUCUGCGCCACUCUGCUGGCGAUGCCCUUAUUCCAGAAAUCCUGGAACAGUCGAUCUUGGAGUCGCAGGAUCAGGUGAACGAGAGUCAGAGGCAGAUCGAGCGCCAGGAGGCGCUCUUUGCCCUCGCCCCACACGAUCUCCAGAUCGACGUGCAGGAGCCUGUGGAGAAACGCCUGGUAGCCGCCGCCCCUUAUGAGCAUGUGGGCCAUCGCGUUCUCGUCAAGUGCCUUCAGCUGACGAUGGACAUCGAAGUGGAGCCGCUGUUCGCCUCCAUGGCUCUGUACGACUCCAAGGAGCGCAAGAAGGUGUCGGAGACGUUCUACUUUGAUAUGAACACUGAGGGGCUGAAGAGAAUGCUGGGCGGACACGUGCCUUAUGCCGAUUCCAGCACGCUGGCGCGCAGUUGCAUCUUCAACAUCUCGCAUCCGUCGCCCGAUCUGUUCAUCGUGGUGCGCGUGGAAAAGGUUCUGCAAGGCGACGUCAACGAAUGCGUGGAACCCUACUUGAAAGAUGAAAAGAACCGCGACAAACUGAAGUCGAUUGCUGUGUCCGUCUGUGAGCGGCUCGGAAAGUACCGGCAGGCGUUCGCUUGGACGGCAAUCAACCUGAUCAGUGUGAUAAAUGGGGGAAAUUCUCUGGAAAGAGACUUUGACCGCGAGUCCACAGGCUCUGGCUCGAACACCAACAGCUUAGAUCGCAAAUCCUCCGGGAGUGGUUUAGAGCAGCUUCGGCGCAAAGCCUCCGAUAUGAGCACCUUGACGAGGAGAGGUUCGCUGGACCGCAAGGAUAAGUGCAGAUCGUGGUCGCCAGACCAUUUGGCUACUAAUCUGGACACGUUUCGACCGAUAACUCUGACGAUGAGUUCAUUUUUUAAGCAAGAGGGCGACAAGCUGCGCGACGAGGACCUGUACAAGUGCCUGCAGGAACUGAAACGGCCCACUUUGGUGCUGAAGAAGUUGAAAUGUAUUCCAGCCACCUUCAAGUUGGAAAUCUCGCCCUGUCCUGCUGAGUACAAAAACUCAUUGACUACCGAACUGGCCAAGUUCCACCCGUAUCCGGAUGACAAAAGCCGCCCCACUAAGGAGCUGUUGGAGUUUCCGGUUAAAGAGAUCUUGGUGCCGCACUAUACCUAUCGCAACUUGCUCUUUGUCAGUCCGCGCGAGCUGAACUUUUCCAACCGCACUGGCUCAGCUCGGAACCUGGCAGUAAAAGUGCAGCUAAUGGCCGGGGAAAGCGAGACGCACUGCCUGCCGAGCAUUUUCGGCAAAUCCAGCUGCCCUGAGAUGGCCAGCGAAGUGUUUUCUUCGGUCACCUACCAUAGCAAAACGCCCGUUUUCUACGACGAAAUCAAGAUCAAGCUGCCCGCUUCGUUGGCCGACAAUCACCAUCUACUGUUCACGUUCUACCACAUUUCCUGUCAGAAGAAGGCCGAGCAGAAUGUGGUCGAGUCCCCCGUAGGAUAUACGUGGUUGCCGUUGUUGCGCGAUGGUCGUCUGGUCUCGGGGGAGUUUUGCCUGCCAGUGAUGUUGGAGCCGCCGCCUCGAAACUACAGCUACAUCCCACCAGAUGUUUUCCUGCCCGGCAUGAAGUGGCUGGACGGCCACAAGGGGCUUUUCAGCGUUAUUCUCGAUACGGCCUCUUCAGUGCACACCCACGAUCCGCCCAUCGAGCGCUUCUUCGCCGCCUACGACUACAUUCAUUCCGGCAUCAUUCCGACGCGUUUGGGGGAGGUUGGCUCGGAAAAGGAGUUGACGACUGCGAUGUUGGGGCUGGCUGGGGCGCGGCCGGAAGCCAUAGUCAAGCAUCUGCCGCAGAUCUUCGACAACAUUGUGGAGCUGCUGGUGCAGCCGCCCAGAGUUUCUGGCCACAUGAUCAACGUAGGGUCUACCUGUUUCGAGACUCUCUGUCUGCUAUUGGAGAAUGUUUCGAACAUUCAAGAGCUGCCCAGCGACCAGCAUGGACGCAACUCGCUGCUCGCCACGUACGUCCACUAUCAGUGUAAUUUGCCGCACCCGGUGUCCAAUGGGGCUCGGGGGGCCCCCUUGUGGGACAGCGGCUCCCUGCUAGUGCGCAGCAACUCGAACCCGGACCUGGAGGUGUCCCAUUAUCAGCCAAGAGGGCUGGAUCGGGCGGCCAGUAUGCGAGUCCCGCCAAACGACGCAGUGAGCCCCACUCUGGCCAACUACUCCUGUCCCAGGAUAGUGCAUCAAGAGCUGGCGUAUCAGUGGACGAUAACCAGUGGGCGCAACAAGGACCUGGCCAUGCAAAACGCCUGGUUUUUGUUCGAGCUGAUGAUCAAGAGCAUGGUGGAACAUCUGGCGCACUCCCGCAGUCUGGAUGCUCCCAGGAAAAUGCGGUUUCCCGAUCAGUUUCUCGACGAUGUUGCUUCGUUGGUGCAGUACGUGGCUUCGGAGAUUGUUGCACACUCGGCAGGGGAGACCAGGAAGGCGCACAAGCUGAACGCCGCCUUGGCGUUCUUUUUCUUCGACCUGCUGUCAAUCGCCGAUAGGGGCUGGGUGUUGCAGCUGCUGCGCGCCUACGGCAAGUACAUCCAGGCGAGAAUCGCCAGCCAUCCGGACAGCAGUGUUCUGGUCGAGCUCAAGCUGGAGUUCGCCCGGAUUCUAUGCAGUCACGAGCACUACGUGGCGUUGAAUCUGCCCUUUUCGUCGCCGUUUAUGUCGUCGGGGGCGGCCGUUUCUCCCAGCCCCAGUGUGACCAGCUCAACUAGCCAGAACUCGUUCCUGUCGGGCGCGCCUCCUAGCCAGGAGCGAGUGAAUCCUUUUGCGGAAUUGUCUGCUGAGUACAGGCAACACCAUUAUUUGGCUGGCAUGGUUUUGAGUGAUUUGUCCACAGUUUUGCGGGAAACACAUCAGCCCAGUUUGCACAAUAAAGCCGUGGACACCAUCAAGUCGCUGCUGUCUUGGCACGAUAGCGAUCCUCGCUACGCGUCUCCGGAGGCUCGCCAUCGAGUCGCCGCCCUCUACUUUCCGCUGCUGUCCGUGGCCAUGGACGUUUUGCCCUUGUUGCACAUGUUUUCGCAGGACAAGAACGAUCGCUUUUCCAGCGAGGAUCAUGCACCGAGCAACAUUAAUCCGAGCGUGGCCAUGGCGAUUGCUGGGAAACUGCCCACGUCGACUUGCGACUCGUUUCAAGCGUUGCAGAGCCGUAAGCUGGGAGUGAACGCCGAAGCCACUCGCAAUCUUCUCACGUGCGUCCUGUGGACUUUGAAGAACGUGGAGCGCGACUCGCUCUGCCAGUGGAUGAGCGAGCUGACUGCCACGCGAUUGGCCACAUUGCUGCAUCUGCUGGACGCCUGCACCAGCUGCUUCGAGUACAGGCCGAGGCGAAGAGCGCCGCCGUCUUCAGGCUAUGCUCACGCCCAAGUCACCCAGGACAUGCGAUCUCGCCUGGAGGAUGUCAUUCUAGGCCAGGGCUCCGCUAGAGAAAUGAUGCAGCGGCGCAAAGGGGGUGUUCCGCAGGCCACUACAGAGAAGCUGCGCUGGCGCAAAGAGCAGAUGACCUACAAGAUCAGCACAGAGUGCCAGGAGCGGCCACGGGACGAUGCCUUCUUUCACGACACCCAUUUGGACGGGCAUUUUGCCACUGAGGCCUCGUUUAUCGUGCUGGACACUCUGGAGCGGUCCGUGUCCACGAUAGCGCAGCUGGACAGUCAGCAGCACCUGGUGGGAUUGGCGCUAGCCGUCCUGCUUCAUGCGCUGGGGAAGAACCAGAGCACCACUGUGCUGCCCCACAUGUUUGCGUCGCAACGCAGUUUGGUCUUUAAGUUUCACAGCGCGCUGUUUGACGAAGAAAGCACGCACUGCGCCGACUUGUGUCUUCUGCUGCUGAAGCACUGCGGAUCGCAGAUUGCCUCAGUGCGAUCGCAGGCAGCUGCCUCCUUGUAUCUCCUCAUGAGACAGACAUUCCAAAUCGGCAAUAAUUUUGCGCGCGUCAAAAUGCAAGUGACGAUGUCGCUGAGCAGCCUGGUGGGCACGUCCGCCUCCUUCAGCGACGAGUCGCUGCGACGGUCCCUGAAAACGAUCCUGGAGUACGGCGAACGCGACGCUGAGUUGCAGGAAACCACGUUUCCCGAACAGGUGCGCGACCUGGUUUUCAACUUGCACAUGAUCCUGUCCGACACGGUGAAAAUGAAGGAGUUCCAAGAGGAUCCGGAAAUGCUGCUCGAUCUGAUGUUCAGGAUAGCCAAAGGCUACCAGAACUCGCCCGAUUUGCGCCUCACCUGGCUGGCCAAUAUGGCUCAGAAGCAUAUGGAGCGAGGAGCCGAUGAACGACAUCUACAGAGUGCUGAUCCCUAUUGCGGAGAAUAACAGGGACUUUAAGAAGCUGGCCAACAUCCACGGAAAGUUGCACGAUGCCUACACGCGCAUUGAUCAGCUGCAAGGCAAGCGCAUGUUCGGCACCUACUUUAGGGUGGGCUUCUACGGCUCGAAAUUUGGGGACCUGGACAAGGAGGAGUUCGUCUACAAGGAGCCAACGCUGACCAAGCUGCCCGAGAUAUUCAGCAGGCUCGAGAAUUUCUACGCUGAGCGGUUUGGCAGCGACAACGUGAUCAUCAUCAAGGACUCGAACGUGGUCGAUCUGAACUCGCUGAGCAGUGACAAGGCCUACAUCCAGAUCACCUAUGUGGAGCCGUACUUCGAGCAGUUCGAGCUGCGCUACCGGCAGACGCACUUCGAUAAAAACUUCAACAUCAAGAGGUUCGUCUAUGCAACUCCGUUCACGAUGACCGGCAAGGCCCACGGCGAGCUCAAGGAUCAGUACAAACGUAAGACGAUCUUGACCACCGCCGUGCACUUUCCCUACGUGAAGACCCGCAUUCAGGUUGUGGCACGCGCCCAAAUCACCCUAACGCCAAUCGAGGUUGCAAUUGAAGAUAUUCAGAAGAAAACCGCCGAACUGGCGGUGGCCACGCAUCAAGAGCCUCCCGAUCCGAAAAUACUUCAAAUGGUGCUGCAAGGCUGUAUUGGAACGACAGUCAAUCAAGGCCCGUUGGAGAUGGCGCUAACGUUCCUGCCCAGUGAUGGAAAGGCCCUCACCAAGCACCAAAACAAGCUGAGGCUGUGCUUUAAAGAUUUUUCGAAAAAAUGCUGCGACGCUCUCAAGAAGAACAAGAACCUGAUCGGGCCAGACCAGCGCGACUACCAAAGGGAGCUGGACAGAAAUUACAAGAAGUUCAUCGAGAAGUUACAGCCUUUGGUAAACCCUUCGUCGAUUACGAUUAUUAGCACCAGCCCCAGCAAGUACGUCCAUUCCGAGUCUUCCGUGCUGAGAUGGUAGAGUAGACUAGACUGAACUUGGUUAUCGCCUACUUAUUGGUAAGCAAAUAGCCGAGUAUUUUUUUGCGAGCGUCUAAAAAAGACAAACCAAAGACUACUCCUACUUAGGAAACUGUGUGCAUUAAACGACGUGGGCAGGGUUUAUUUGUUGCUAUUAUACAGGGUGUUCUCUGUCUGUAUAGGAUUGAUUGGCUGUAUUUAUUCCAUAAGUUUUUGAAAGCUUCCAAAUGAAAGUGUUCUUGUUUAUUUGCGGUGGUUAGGAUAUUUACUCUUAUAGUGAUUAAACCAUGUAUUUUUUACACUUAAUAUAUAAUAUAUGCACUUUUCUGCCUAAAAAU